AUGUUCGGCGGAUAUGGUAUUGGUGUUGCUGAAGACCACUUAGAAGCGUUGUUUUCAUUCAUAAGUAGAAGAAUCGAACAGCUGAAGUGGAAAGCAUAUGGCGCAAAGUACAUCAGUAUCGAUAUUGGUGCAAAUGGAAUGAGUCUUGAAGAAUUAAUAAAUUUGGCUAGCUUAGCAUUAAGCAUUUACAUUCGACAUUUACAAACAGUCGUAUUUUACGAUAAAACGCAUCAUGUGCAAGGAAAUUGGAAAAUGUGGAGUAGAGUGAUGAUGUGUAUCGGUUUUGUUACUGCAUUCGGUGUUUCGUUAGUGGCUAACGUUCAGGAGACUGCUAUUCCAGCAGUGCAUGAUAUUGGAGCGUUGCUUGCAUUUUUAUGCGGUGUUGUGUAUAUUUGCUCACAAGUGAUCUUCUCGUUGAUUAUGCGACCGCUUAUUACCCGAAAACUGAUCACUCAUAUUCGACUAUUAUUAGCUGUGAUUGCUACUGUCAGCCUCGUAUUCUACUUUACUGUGCUAUUUGGACACAUUUUUGUAAGGAGAGAAGCGGAUGGAACAAUGCCAACCAAACCACCGAGAGUAGGCGUCAUACGUGUUCCUCGCGAUUCACCAUUCUUCACCAAUCACUUAAUAUCGACAAUAUGUGAAUGGAUCCUCGGCCUUUGUUUGUAUUUCUUCGUGCUUUCAUAUGCCUUCGAGCUACGUAACUUAUACACACAUUCACCGGCUAUUCAGUUAAAACCGACGCAUAAGAAUUUCAAACCGAUUUAUAUGAAUAUCAAUAUUCCAAGUAUGGUAUUGCCAGAUGAGCCAAUACAGUUCAAUCAUAACAACAAGCAAGUGCAAUGCGUUAACAAGGAAGGUCAAUACGAACCGAACUCAUUCAACGGCACUUCUUAA